GGAAGUAGUUGCAAAAUCAUUCCAACUAAAUCCCAUCCUCUAUCCCGAUGAGUCGCAUCUAUCACGACAGCGCCCUCCGGAACAAGGCGGUGCACAGCACUCGGCUUCCUGGCUCUUGGGACCCGGCUGCCUAUCAGCGGGGAAAUGGUAUCCUUCUGGAGGGAGAACUGGUUGAAGUCUCUCGGCAUAACAUCUCAGAUGCCAGUGGCAAAAAGGAGCGUUACUAUGUAUUAUACAUCAGACCCAGUCGCAUCCAUCGCCGCAAAUUCGACUCCGAGGGAAAUGAGAUAGAACCAAACUUCAGCAACACCAGGAAGGUGAACACAGGCUUCCUCAUGUCCUCAUAUAAGGUAGAAGCCAAAGGUGACACGGACAGACUCUCACCCACGGAGUUGAAGGAGCUUGUGGAAAAGCCAGAGCUGCUUGCAUUGACGGGAAGCCACACUCCAGACCAGGCACUUGCAUUUUGGAUUCCAGAGAUAGAGAUGGAGAAGAUUGAGCUGGAGCUAGGUUCAGAAAUUCGUCUGAAAACCCAGGGUGAUAGUCCUUUCAUAGGCUCUCUAGCAAAACUUGAGGCUGGAACAGUGACCAAGUGCAAUUUUGCUGGCGAUGGACAGACAGGGGCAUCCUGGACAGAAAAUAUCCUGGCACAGAAAUCCUCAGAAGAAGCAACAUCUGAGAUCCGAGGCCAGGGGGACGGGGCAGAGGAUGAUGAGUGGGAUGACUGAGAGCAGCAGGAAGUGGAGCAUCUCUGUGGUGGCUGCCAUCAGCAUGAAACUUCUUUUGAAUCCCUUUACCCUAAUUUCAUCUUUGAUGCUUCUUAUGGAACAGUGGCACUAGGAGAGAAAGAUGUCCUCACCUCAUCUUAGCAGGUGGUUGGAAUAUACUUCAGGCCAGCCCACCUCUGCUAAAAUCCUAUCGAGGUUGGACUAGUCCAUUCGUUGUGACUCCUGGAGUCCCCGGACUCAAGGCCCAUUCUUCUUAGAGUUUCCCCGUGUUUAUUUCUUGUUCAGGAAGGGUCACUAUUUCCUUAUUCAGGUGGCUUAAGAGUCUUCUUGGGGUGUGACCAGAUACUUCCAAGAUGAAUUGGAAUUAUUUAUAACUGCACUUGGAGGGAACAAAAGUGAUUCACUCAGCUGAGACACUGUGGCUCAUGGGAACAAGUUGGUGAAUCCUGUGUUGGUCAUUUUGGCUUUAACUUCCUGCAUGAGCCCCUGAAAAACUGAAGUUGCAUGUCAUUUCCUCUGUUCUUCCUCUUUGUGCCUUGCACAGAUUCAUAUAUUCUCUCCUACAGCCCCAUACCCCUCUUAACUCUCUUGGCAAUGCAGCCAUAUUUCCAUUUACACUGUAGCCUUCAUCCCCCAAUUUCACCUUGUCCCUCUGCUAAUUGUCCCCUCACUGGGGCUGGCAAUUUUAAUCUCCAUUUCCUGAUUCUAAGAUCCCUUGGAUUUGGCCAGCACUAAUUGAGCAAUUGAUAGGGAAGAGCCAGAGGGUUGCAGUUAUUCACCUCCACUGUUGUAUCUAAUUGUCCCUAAAACUAACCCUACCAAUCUAGAAUGUUUUGUUUUUUAAUGUAUUUUAUACAUCUUUUAUACCACGAGCUAAUUUUAUCAGCAGUUUUUGUUAAUUAGUAAAUUUCUGGGGUGGGAGAACACAAAACAGCUCUUAUUUAAGUAUGUGCUUCUUAGUUUGAGUCAGGUCAACAAGCAUUUAAGUGCUUACUGUAUGCCAGGAACUGUACUAAUCUUUCUUUUUUUUAAUUUUUAAUUUUUUUUUUUUGGUGAGGCAGUUGGGGUUAAGUGACUUGCCUAGGGUCACACAGCUAGUAAGUGUUAAGUGUCUGUGGCCGCAUUUGAACUCAAGUCCUCCUGAAUCCAGGGCCGGUGUAUUAUCCACUGUGCCACCUAGCUGCCCCUGAAAUCUACUUUUUCUGAAAAAGGAAUAGGGCCCAGUUGGGGCCUUGGAGACCUCGAUGACUUGAAGACUAUCCAAAACAUUCUGAGAAUAUCAGUCAGCAAGCAUUUAUUAAAUAUCUACUCUGUACCUGGUAUUACACUAGGUAGAGAGAUACAAAGAUCAACUUUGGGAUUGUUAAGUCAAUCUGUGUUCCUUCCUUAUUCAGGACUGGACAUAAACUUGCUUAAUAACUGGCCUUUUGCUUCACAACUCAGUUUUGUCAGUUAAUACACAUUUAUUAAGCACCUACUAUAUGCUAGGGACUGUGCUCAGCACUGGGGAUACAAAGAAAGGCAAAUCCUGAAGGAAAGGAAAGUUCUGAAAAAUAAUGUAUUUGUCUGAAGUUUUCCUGGUCAGUAUCACUUGUCAGAUGGGCAAAUAGAAAAACGUCCAAUAGCCCAGGAUGGAAUCCUAUUUUUCCACAUUCCAGGGUGCCCCAAUGAAUUAAACCCCCUCAUAUUAUUUUCUUUUAAAGGGAAAGGAAGCAAGCAUUACAAAGUUCCCACUGUGUGCCAGAUACUGGGCUAAGCGUUUCACCAUUGUUAUCUCAUUUCAUCCUCACAGCAACCCUGCAAGGUUGGUGCUGUUAAUAUCUUCAUUUAUCAGUUGAGGAAACUGAGGCAAACAGCAGUUAGGUGACUUUCCCAGUGUCACUCAACUAGUAAGUGUCUGGGGCUGGAUUUAAACUCAGGUCUUCCUGAUUCCAGGUCCACCCAGUGACCUUUCCACUGCCUAAAAGGCAUCUUGCAUCACAUAUAUUUUGUUUAAUUUUUAUUAUUUUGGUUUUUAUUAAUGGGGGACUGAUACCUUUUGGUUUUCUGUCAUCUUAAUUUCUGAAUAUAAUUCCCUCCCAGAGAGCUACCCUUUGUAACAAAUAGUGGGAAAGAAAACAGAAAUAGAUGAACAAAACCAGCACGUUUUCUUUGUCCCACAGUAUAUGCAAUAUUUCACACCUAAAACAAGAAGGUGCAUUUUCUUUCUUUCUUUCUUUCUUUCUU